AUGCUGCAACAGCUAAGACAUCAGAUGAAGGAACAGCUGUAUACUAUAUCAGCAGAAAAUUCAUUGAAGAUUAUCCAAUGGUGCUGCAGUACACAGGUGAACCAUCUCUACACUCUAUCACUUCCGUCACUCAGUGGUUGCAAAACAUCAUUGAUAUCAGUUCAGAAGCUUUUGCAAAUACAGAAAUGGCUGAUCAAGAGGUACCCCAAAUACCAGAAGGAAGACCAUGGUGUCACGUUUUCUUUUGCUCAAACAGAGAAAAGCAGGAAAUCUCUGCUGCUAUUUUUCAUUCACUUGGUCUUCAAAACGGUCAUGCUAUUACAAUCUACCAUGGUAUACAGCAUUGGCAAAUCGACAUCAAAGAUGGAUGUUUCGAGCAAGGAUGGCAUUCCUUCUGCAAAGACAAUCUUAUUGACGAAAAUAAUAUGGUUUUCUUGCGCACAAAAGGAAAUCUUAUCUAUGAUGUUUUAGCUUUCUCUGAGACACAGACUCACAUUUUAAUGCCUUGGACUCUUCCAUUACCAAUGCUCUCA